AUGGACCUGCAGGGCCCAGCCCCCCAGCCCCUCCAGAGGCCUGAGAAACCUGGUCGUGUUCGCCGUCGGAAGACCCGGAGGGAGCGGAAUGAGGUGCUGAUGGGGAGUCGUCGGUCACUGGUCCCUCAGAAUCCUCUUGGGGCCAAUCGAGAUCCACCUGGGGCCCUCUGGGAUCCGGGAGCCUCUGCUGCCUCCAGGCUCAUGGUCAUCACCCAGGGCCGGUUGAGUAGGGACCACCGAGGUCUCUUUAACCAUGAGGUGAAAUCCCUGGAUGUGACUCGACUGCUUAGUUGUGGCUCCCUGGAACCUAGUACCCCUAUACUCCCCAUCAGACCCUCUCCAAAUCCAGACAGGGCCCAGGAAAUAGCCCCACCAUCCCAGGGCAAGGAGAAUCAGGUGCCAGGAGGCUCGGGUCCAGGCCCCCCCAGUUCCUCCAAGCUCCCAUGCUUGGAGCAUCUGCUGGAGGAGCUGAAGUGUCAACUGAGUCUGCCACCAGCCUUCCCCAGGCGGAAUGUCAUACAAGAAACCAGGAAUAUCAUAGUGAGCACACUGUACGCGUGCCAUGGAGCUGUGCCUGACCUGACCCUGGUGCUUCGGGGUGGCCAGCCACCCUUGACAGGUACCAAGCCAGGUACCCCUGAGAAACAAAGGAUGACACCCACCUGGAUCGAUAGCCUGGAGCAUUCCCCAGGGGAGGCAAGGCAUCUGCGGAGACAGGGGCCCAGGAAACCCACCUUUGACAUACAUCAUGCCUCCAGCACUCCACCGCACAGAGAUCCCUGUCCACCACCCUUGACUUCUUUGUCUUCACCAUUGGGUGCCGUCUUGGGCCCCCCAACAGCAUUUGAUAUGUUGAAAAGCAUCUGGCUGGUUACCUCCCCACCUGCUCCCCGCCCAUGGGGAAUCGGCCCACAGCCCCUGCAUCAACCACCAUCACCCUUAUGGCCCCAAACCUCUGCACUGGACUGGAGUCCUAGCCCCCCAGCCUCACUGCCCAGCCUCUCACAGGUAGUAACCCAGAGCAGCCCAGAGGCUUGGUCCUUUCCACCCAUGCGACUGUACUGA